AUGGCCCUUAGUGCUAUUGGGAAUCUUCUUCUUGUCUCAGUCAUAGUAACAAAGAAGCGCUUCCACAACGUCACAAACAUCUAUAACCUUAAUCUUUCAGCAAGCGACUUACUCAAAGUUCUUGUGUAUGUCCCAGUGUACUUGGUUUACGCCUCAAAAAUGACUUGGCCUUUAGGAGGCCAGGUAACGAUACGCCAGUCCAUCAUCCACAUUAUCAUCAUCUGGUGCGCCUGCACUGUGCUCAGCGGUGUCAGCGUACUUUUCAUCUUCCUCAUCCCAGGACCCAACGGCAGUGACCUGUGCAUUUUCCAGGCCAAAGAGGAACUGGCACUAGCGAUCCUCGCUCUUAUGUUGCUGCUCUCGCAGUUUAUACCAAUGGUCUUCUUCGUUAUCUCCUACUGCCUCGUUAUCAAGAAGUUAAGGCAGGAUUCGUCGGUUGAACCACGUGAUCGCUCCAUCGCCACGCGCAACCGCGCCAGACGUAACAGACGCGCAGUUCGUAUCUUGGUUGUCGAAGUCUGGGCCUAUGUUAUUUGUGUGAUGCCGUUCCUGAUUAUGAACAUAACAGAAGUAGCGAGAAAUAAGGUGUUUCUUGGGCCCUUCACUACUCAGAGUUUAGUGAUGUAUUGUGCGUUGGUCCUACACACCACUAUAAACCCUUCAGUGCACUUUGUCCUGAACCUUGAGUUCAGACAGGAACUGAGAGACAUGUGCUUGACCGGAUGGCGUGCGCUAAGGCGCAUGAAGAAAACUGUUGUGCCGAUGCCACUUUCUUCAAGCAGUCAACCGCGAAUCCUGCCUCGAUUGACUGCACGUAUGGACCAGGGCCCGCGUAAAAACCGAGACAAGCAAAAACAGAAUGGAGAUGUAGACGAACUGACAGCUGAUGUGUUCGAAGAAGCGAUGGCAGAGAUACAACUUUUUCAGGGUGGGAAAGGUUCAGCAUGGGAAAAGAGUGAAUCCAGGUUAGAAGCUGAACAACGCGAACGAAGCUCAAACGCAUUAUGGGAGUGA